CAUAAUUGACUCUUCAGUGUGACAGUCUAACGGGUAAUAAACGAUUUAAGUUCCAGGAAAUCCCGUUGCCCUUUCACCCAGUUUUGCUCUCCGCUAUCCUUAUCUGGUCUCUGUCUCCUAAACACGAGCUUUAUGUAGCGGUUUAGGAUGCCUGGAUCAGCCCCAAUCAGUUGCUUGGGACCAUGGCCCAAAGAUGUGGGUAUCAUUGCCAUGGAACUGUACUUCCCAUCCCAGUAUGUGGACCAGGCAGAGCUGGAGCAGUUCGAUGGUGUGCCAGCUGGUAAAUACACUGUUGGCCUGGGCCAAGCUCGCAUGGGCUUCUGCUCAGACCGCGAGGACAUCAACUCUUUGUGCCUGACGGUGGUCCAGAGGCUGAUGGAGAGGAACGCCCUGUCCUAUGACAGCGUGGGUCGACUGGAGGUCGGCACUGAGACCAUCAUAGACAAGUCCAAGUCUGUCAAGACGGUCAUCAUGCAGCUGUUUGAGGACUCUGGCAAUACAGAUGUCGAAGGCAUUGACACCACAAACGCCUGCUACGGUGGGACAGCGGCACUCUUCAAUGCUGUCAACUGGGUGGAGUCCAGCUCAUGGGAUGGGCGUUAUGCACUCGUGGUAGCAGGGGACAUUGCUGUCUACGCCACAGGAAGUGCCCGGCCUACAGGGGGUGCUGGUGCCGUGGCCAUGCUGGUCGGGCCUAAUGCUCCUCUGGCCUUUGAACGAGGUCUGCGAGGAACCCACAUGCAACAUGCAUAUGACUUCUACAAGCCAGACAUGGUGUCAGAGUACCCUGUAGUGGACGGCAAGCUGUCGAUAGAGUGCUACCUGAGUGCCUUGGACCGCUGCUACUCUGUGUAUCGCAACAAGAUCCACGCACAGUGGCAGAGAGAGGGAUCAGAGAAGCGCUUCAGCCUGGACGACUUUGGCUAUCUCGUCUUCCAUUCUCCAUACUGCAAGCUGGUGCAGAAGUCGUUGGCUAGACUGAUGCUGAAUGACUUUCUGAGCCACCCCAGCCCCAACACUGAGACAGGACCCUUCACAGGUCUCGAUGCCUUCAGAGAUGUACAGCCAGAAGAGACUUACUUUGACCGGGAUGUGGAGAAGGCCUUCAUGAAGGCCAGUGCAGACCUGUUUGAGAGGAAGACCAAGUGCUCCUUGCUUAUCUCCAACCAGAAUGGAAACAUGUACACCCCCUCUGUCUAUGGCUGCCUGGCCUCACUCAUUGCACAACACACACCUUCACAGAUAGCAGGGCAGAGGAUUGGAGUUUUCUCCUAUGGUUCAGGAUUUGCUGCUACUCUGUAUUCUCUCAGAGUCACACAGGACCAUACACCCGGAUCUAGUCUGGACAAACUUGUGUCCAGCCUGAGUGACCUGAAGGUCAGACUGGACUCAAGGAAGAAGGUUGUGCCUGCUGUUUUCUCUGAGAACAUGAAGCUGAGAGAGGAGACACACCACUUAGCCAGCUACGUCCCUCAAGGCUCAGUGGAGGAUUUGUUUCCAGGGACAUGGUACCUGACACGAGUGGAUGAUAAACAUCGCAGGGAAUACGCCCGAAGAUCUCUGGACGACGACCUGCCAGCAGAGCCAGACCUUGUUCGCUCCGGCACUGCCACCGAGCACAUCCCCAGUCCAGCCAAGAAGAUGCCUCGCAUCCCUGCAGCCGCCGCCGGCCCCGAGGCCGCCGUCAGCAACUGAGAGCACUCGGCUUACCUCUGAGAGGUAUCGAGGUCCAACGGUUUGGAAAGUGUAAUAACUAGACAACACUAGAGGUCAGAAGGGUAGCAAGAGACAACAGCGUCACCUCCGGAACCAUUAUACGUUAAACUUAAUUAGGUUGGAGCAGCUGUAGACACUCAUCAUCUGCCCGUACCCUUCCCAUCACCCCCCUGUUGUCCACAUGUAAUACUGUCGGACAGUAAGCUCCAUAUUUGAACAGAGUCUAUUUUGAUCACAGUAAUUGUUUGUUUUAGCAAUCCUUUAUUUCAAAGUUUACACUUUUACAUAUUUUCCUUUUGCAUUUGUGCAAAAUGAACAGUUGUAUAUUUGGGAGGAGCACAGGCAGAUGUUUGCGUGGAGUGCUGCUGAUAUCGAGUUAAACAAGCAGACUUCCUCCUGGCAGCUGGCAGCCAGUGACAGGAAGAGGAAAUGGACAUAAUUAAUGUUAUCUCAGACCUCCUGCUGAUUAAAAGAACAAAGGGAAGUGCUGCUGCUGCCACGGCAACCCAGAGUGAGACGGAGCGCACACCCCCACUCUGCUGUUUGUGCUCAAUACCUCAGUUUUCUAUGAAAAGAUGUGGUCAUUUUUCUACAGGUGAGUCUGUGACCAAACAUCGGGAACAGGACUCGAGACUCAAAGCCUGCACGCGGCGGGUGGAGUCUUACUUUAAACUGCUGUUGACUGCUGUAGCAGAGCUAAUGUAGUCAACAUGUUAACGUGCUAGGAAACAUUCUGUUCCAUAGAUACGUGUUAGAGUGAAGCUAUUUUGGAUAACACCAGUGUCAUUUUAGUUUGCCUUUCAUUGCCAUGAAAUGUCUAAACCCACUGAGGGAUUUGCCACAGUGAGUAGCUGCUGCUGUUCAACGUCAGGUUUAGUUAACCUUCCAAAGUCACCGGCUCUACAUACAUACUUUGUAAAACUUCUAUUUAAUUCUUUGUGUUGAUGAAACAAUUAGUCGAUUAAUCAAUUAAUUGAUAGUCAGAAAAUGUUUGAUAAGGGACUAAUCAUUUAACUCAUUUUUCAACCAAAAAUGCCAAACCUCUUUGGCUUUUGGACUGUUGCUCCAACAAAACCUGAUAUUUGAAGACGUCACCUUGGAGCUGGACAUUUAGACUUUUAUUGGAUUUUAUUGGAUUAUUAUUGGAUAUAACUUUUUUCCAAACCACCAGUAGUGUCUGCCUUUUCACUGCCACCGCAUGUAUAGUAACGUGUAUACCAACAGUUCACCAUAGUGGAGAAAGAGAAAACUAGCCAGUAGGUUAGUUGAAAAAUGUUGUCAUUACAACAUUAUGGGCUGCAGUAGCCAUGCUGCAGCGCGUCUGUGAGCUCUUGUCAUUGUCAUGUUGCUUGGCAGUAGAACACACAGUCGAGUGUGGCCAACGUCAGUGGGUUUCGACUUUUCUAAACUAAUAACAAAAAGAAAUAUUACACCAGUGUCAUCCUUAAAAGGUGCAAUCGGCAAAAUAUGGCUGUUUACUAGUGACAGUACAACAUGGUCAGCUUUUAAAAAAGGAUUAUGUUGGGACUUAACUCAAAUUUUAAACUCGCCCCCUCGUUGGGAAACACACAGUCCUUCAAUGAGAAGAUGUGGGGCUGCAUAUCAUAGCAGUGUUCGAGAAGUCUACACAACUUUAGUUUGCACUGCAAAUAUCCACGUGCUCGGAGUACAGGCUGCGGGUGGAGCCACGCUGCUCCCCUUUCUUAGCUCCACCUAGCUAAAACUAAUGCAGUCUACUCUAACAGCCGUCAUCAAGCUUCUAAUCCGUUUCAAUGUUGGUGUGUGCUGAUGUAGAAGUGUUAUAUACUGGAGGUGUUUCUAAUAUUUAACACCUAAAGUUUCAACACAAACGAAACCUCAGAACCUCGAUGAAGGUAGGAUUUAUUGGAUUAGACUGCAUUAGUUUCAGAGAGGUGGACCGAUAAACUGGAAAAGGGUAAAUAUGACCUGUUUCCUUCCUGUAUAAGCUGACAGGUGCAGAGCAAGGCUCCUCAGGUUCCUCACCUGUCCCCCAAAGAUGCUGCGACUUUGCUGCAGUUUAUACUGACACUAAACCCUCCGAGCUGCGCUGGCUCAGCCUCACUGAAAGCUUGAAAGCAGCACACUGAGGAGAUAUUGGAUUUAUUUUGUGGAAAGAGUCAGUGACACGUUGCCGAUUGCACCUUUAAGGGAUAUAUCACUAUAUGGGACAAUAAAUCACGGACCCUUAUGCAAGGGAAACCACAUUGUCAGGCGGUGAUGGCUACAGUUUGACUCUUGUCUCUCCUCGUUACACCAAACUGCCACACAUUCCUAUCAACCAUUGUCACAUUGAAACCGCUGCUGAGAAUGUGAUCUCCAGUGUUGUCUUUCCUCGUCAGUUUCAUUCAGAUAGCCGAAGUGUAACACAUUAAUUCAUACUAAAGCCUUAAUGUCAGAGGGCUUUGUUUCAUGAAGUUAUAGGUCAGGAGAUUUAAAUGCAACGUACAGAACUGUUCUCUGUGUUUCUCAAAUAGUUGUUGUUCCUGUUUAAAGUUGACUUUGAUUUGGUAAUAUCUGCUGUCAGCAACAAGGAACCCAAACAGAAGGAGCUUAAAGUGUCUGUGCGUUCCUGUUGGUGGUCGGACGGGCUCGUACACUCGCGCACACACAGGCAUCAGAGGAGUCGUGACAGUUGAUGUCAAGGUGACAAGCCUUACGAUAAGCAUGCAUGAACUGCAAACAAGACGCAGCUUGUCCUCGAGCAAUGUACAUAUUCCUUAAUUGUACAGUCAGUUAGUUCCUCUGGAGUCGGGCCUUGCUCGCAGCAGCAGCAUCACAAACUCACGGCGUCGCUGUGAGCGUACUUGGUACGGCUAACAUUACACCUGUGUGGCGUCUCAGAGGUCACAUGAUCUUUACCAAUGUACAGUACAAACGAUUACAAAGGAUUAUUUAUGCCAUGUAGAUAUGAAUGAAUGGAUGUCUCAGAUGAAUUUUAUCCAGACAGUUUGUGUAAACGUGUAGAUUCAUUCAGAAUAAAUGGACAUUCAACUUG